AUGCGUUUCUCCAUCACCGCUGUUCUGGCCCUGGCCACUGCUGCCAUCGCUACUGAGGCUGUUACCGAGACUGUCACCAUGUACACCACCUACUGCCCCGAGGCUACCUCUAUCGUCCACAGCGGUACCACCUACAGCAUCUCCACCCCCGGUCACCUCACCAUGUCCGGUGGUCACUACACUGUCACUCGUCCUUUGCUCUCCUCCACCGUGACUGAGUGCAAGAAGUGCUCUUCUACCCCUCUGCCCUCCACCCCGGUCGUCGCUGUCUCCCCCAGCUCCUCCGCCGUUCUGACUUCCACCCCCUAUGUCCCCAGCGGUGCCGCCGCCACUGGUGUCCCCGGUACUGGCUCUGGCUCUGGCUCCGGUUCCGCUGGCUCCUCCGUUGGCAGCAGCGGUGCCUCCGCCGCUACUAGCUCCAUCCCCGCCUACAACGCUGGUGCUGUUAACGUUGCCGGCGCUGGUGCUGGUCUGGCCGCCGUUUUCGGUGCCGUCGCUCUCCUGCUGUAA